AUGUUCUUGGACAAGGAAAUUACUAACUACACCAACUACAGCAACUACAGAAGGUACGGUAAUUGUAGUGGGCAAAGUGGGCAUGGAAUGUCUCUAUAUUCGUGACGGUUAUCAUGAAUCCAUUACCUACGUUGGGAGUUGUUACGUCCGUUAGCACGUAGCUUAAAGACUGAUAUUUUUGGUCUCUGUAUUGCACUUUGCUGAUGUCAAUCGCUUUUGUACUGUAAAGGAAAAUUACUUUGAUUAUAUCUCUUGCAGAUACAAACGAGUGUGAGAGUAGUCCGUGUUUGAACAACAGAAAUUGCACUGACCAAAUCAAUACAUUCAACUGCAGCUGCCGUCCAAGAUUUGCCGGGAAUCGAUGUGAAAUUGGUUAGAUUACCAGUUUUAGCUAGCUACAAUUUUGCAUUCAGUCUUAAUUAUAAAAGGGCGUCGACGCCCGGGAUCCUAAUUUUGACGUGUGCUUUGAUAUCAUUCUGUUACAGACGUAAACGAGUGUAACAGUAACCCCUGUCUAAACAACGGAAAAUGCACUGACCGAACCAACGGAUUCAAUUGUAGUUGUGCACUUGGAUUUUCUGGAAAGCGAUGUGAAAUAGGUGGGAAACAAGACUAA